AUGGAGGGGAGGCCACGCAACUACACCAAUGGAGCGGGGGAUCCUCGAGCUCCUGCAAACCGCCCACCUGGCAGCUCGCGAGGGGCUCCUUCUGCCACCAGCUCUACACCUUCUGGCAUGUCGCGCGCAGAACGGUUCGACGAUGAGCGCAAGAGAAUCACCGAAAGCUGCUUCUCCAAGACGGAUGAUUCAGGCCAACUCACGGAAUCCUACAUCACCCACAUCCGCGUCCAAGAAGAUGGCGGCUACCCCCAGUCCCCUCCUCCACCGAGUUCGGCCCCAUCGAACAAGAAGGCGAGAAUCGUUAUGAUAUCCGUGCGGAACACAGGCAGAGUGAAGCUGCACAAGGCUAGGGAGAAUGCUAAUGGCACCUUCUCCAUCGGAAAGUCCUGGCCUAUGGAGGAGCUCUCUGCCGUUGAGAAUUACACACAUCUCGUCCCCGCCAGCGAGGAGGAGGUACAGCGCAAGCUAUGGGCAGGAGAAAAGGGCUUCACUGUGACCAUCGGCAAACCUUACUAUUGGGAAGCUGGCACGGCGAAAGAGAAGGAGUUCUUUAUUGGAAGUAUGGUUAAGAUCUACAACAAGUACACUAAAGGAAACUUCCCCAUCUUGACCGGAUUCAACGUGAGCGAGCUGAACAGUCUGACCAACGGACAGCCGCAUUUGGCGACGCCAGACGGACGAGCUGCAUUCGCAGCUGGUGGUCAAGGAGGCCAAAGCCCAGCGCAAAGACGACCGGGACUACCAGAUCAAAGGCCCAUGCCUCCAAAAUCACCUGGACCACCACCGAGGAGACCUGGAGAAUCUCCGACUAUGUCGGCUGAGCCGCUGCCACCUGGAGCAAAUCCGAAUUUCCGGAGACCUCCAGGAGCGCUAGAUGGCCCAAGGAGACCGGCACGACCAGAUGAUGUGGGUAGGCCGAGUACUGGAGAUAAUGCCCGUAGGCCUAUGCCUUUUAUGCCGCCAAAUUCAGUUCAGGCUGCGCCAUCUAUGCCCGAUCUCCGCCAAAAGCGGUCCAUGGACCCAAGCAUUCGCUCUCGGCCUAGCGGUGAUAGCAUCCGGCCUCGUCCUAGCCAAGGACAGAGCCCUCUAGGACAAAGCCCUAUGCCACCAGCACCACAAUUCGCGUCACGAAACCUGACACCACAAUCCUCAACUUCCGAAUUCUCUGGUCGGCCACGAACGCCGGAUUCGGGCAAUCUCCCAGCAAGUCUCAGUCCAGGGCGGGGGCCCCCGCCACGUGAAGAUGCACAAUCUCAGCGGUCAGAGAGAUCCUUUGACGAACCACCUAUGGAUGGUGCGGCUCCAGCCAUUGCGCCGCCAGACCCACGUAGACAGAACGGGUACCCCUCGCCUAGGAGAGAUCCGUCUCCCAGGGGUCUCAGACCUGGAACAGCCCAAAGCGCUGCAAGACCUGGUACCGCUCAAAGCAACACCAGUUCAAACUUCACUCGAAAUGACGACAUGCCUCCAGAAGAACCUCCGCAGAGGAGGAGGCCGCUCAUGGAACCACGUCCGUCCCAGAUGUCGCAAAGAAGUGUUGAAAGCCAAGGCGCAGAGCCACGUUCAACUUUCCAUACACCUUCGGGCUCACCUGCUCCACCAAUGGAAGUGCCACCCCGGAGACGACCUCAAGAGAUACCAGAGAGACUGAAGCCUGUUUCUCAGGAAAACAUCGCACCUCCAGCAGAGAUAAUGCCCCUUCAGCCAUCACAGCCUACUCCACCCCCCACCACACCACUUCCACAAGUACCGACAGCGCCAAUACCACAAGCAUCACCGGUGGAUGAAGUAGCGGCACCUACAGCACAACCGACUCCGACUGAGCCAGAGCCUAUCGAACGUACCAACUCGAUGCCCCGGGAUUCAGAAGAUAGCGAAUCGCAGCGUCCUGGUCUUGGGCCAAUGGUCAAGAAGACGUUGGUCAACGACAAUGCUGCAACCAAGUUUCGCAACCUUGCGAAGGCGGCAGGCGCAUUCAAGCCACGUGCUGGCGGAGCCGCUGCGAAACUCCUCAACAAGGAGACGAAAACAUCUGACGAAGCAGACGGUGUUAGCGCUGUGUUCGUGCCUCAACGGCCAACACCCAAAGAAACUCCAAAAGAAGAAGUAGAGAAGAACCUCGAAGAAGCUCCUAAGCCUAGCCUGGACAGAACGCCCAAAGAGCAACUGCGUGUUAGUACUGAGGUAGUCCCGUCCGUCACAGUAUCCAGUCCGCCCGAUCCUACUUUGGCUGGGGCUGUCCAGGAGGUUGGAGAGCAGCCCGCUCCACCACCUCCAGAGAAGGCAGCGUCAAGAAAUAUCGAGCCCGAGCCGGAGGUGCGUCGAAAGAAACGCAGAUCCAAUCAGCAGAUUGUGAAUAUAUCGAAACUGGGCAUAGAUCCAAGUAUCAUCGACGAACGGGGCUUGGAAUUUGAAUGUUUGUUGUCUGAACUUGGUUGGGGAAACACCGAGCUGUCUGCCAAGCAUAUCGAAUCCCUGGAGAAUGACAUCAAACGUGAAAUUGCUCGCGUGGAAGCAGGCAGCUGGCUCAACCACUUGGAGCAGAAGGAUGACCGAGUGGAGGCUGUUGAGCGCAUGUUAGACCGCGCGAUUGCCGAAUGCGACGAGCUUGAAGGUCUGCUUACCUUGUACAACGUCGAGCUAAGCAGUUUGAACGAUGACAUCGCUUUUAUCGAAGCGCAAAGUCAGGGUUUGCAGGUGCAGACUGCUAACCAGCGACUACUACAACACGAACUCCAGCAGCUAGUCGACACAAUCUCCAUUACAUCAGACCAACUGGAGCCGUUGAGACGUGCUCCUAUAGGAAAGAUUAACGGACUCAAAGAUAUUGAGUCUUCCUUGGUUCUGCUCUACAAAGCGCUCAUCACAAUUGAUCCUGCGUUUGUUGCUGGAGCUCGUUCAGGCACGAUCACCAGGGGACCAGGGUUUGGCAAUAGCGAUUUGGCAACGAUGCAGGCCCUGCAAGAGAAACGAGACAGAUACCUCGGCGAGGGCGCCAUGUUUCUCGAUAGGCUGAAGAAACACAUGGAUAUCACGUUUGGUGCCGCUUUCUUGUCGACGAAAGAUGCACUUUCGAGACUCGACCAGGGUUCUGAGCCAUCUUUAAAGAAGAAUGUGGAGGCCCACGAUGCAGGUCGGAGCGAGUUAUGGAUGUUGAGCCCAGUCAUGCUUUUCGCGAAAGAGAUUGACAGGGCUGCAUGGGACUCGUUGCUCCGAAUGUAUCAAACUCAGGCAGCGCAGUUAUAUCAGCAGGAGGUACGCGACAACAUUCUGGCAUGGAGAAGGUUUGCGAGGAAGCCUACUGGCGAGGAACAAGAGUUGCUCUUUACUACACAAGAAAAAGAGCCUGAAAGUAGCAGUAGUACCCUGGGUACGGCGAGGAAGCUGACCGUUAAGCGGAGUCAGACCCUAGCUCGUGGCCUGAGAUCAGCUUCUGGGGACAAGGAAGGCAAGGCAAAGCCAGCAGCUCAAGACGGCAAAUUCCAUGCGUUCAACGUCUUCGCCAGGGUUCUAGAAGAUACUGGCCCGGUACUCUUAACGGAACAGAACUUCAUCACAGAGUUCUUCCAUGCUACUUCAACAGACUCGCUCGACUUCCCCGAGGCCGUGCAAGCCGCACCCCCGGAAGCCCGCCGUGGACCGAAUCUCUGGAUACGCAAGCAGUUCGAGGCAGAUCGAGCCAUGGCAAAGCAUGUUACUGGGGUUAUGGAGGAGAUUUUCUCUUUCUGGCCUGCUGAGAUACAGAGUCUUGUCGACUGGGCUACCAAAGCCGAUCCUCUACAAGGAGUAGGUAUACUUUGUGCAGUCGACCGCAAGUUACUAGAUAUUGAAGAGACAAACCAAGACUUCUUGACAAGGAACCUGCAAAAGAUACACGAACGUUUACAAGGGUUAUUCAGCCGCUUCCUGGACGAGCAAAUACGAGCCAUCGAGGAUACAAAGGUCAAGAUUAAGAAGCGCAAGGGAGUCAUCUCUUUCAUGAAGACCUUCCCUCAUUUCUCUGUUGCGAUCGAGAACAUGCUACCUUCUGCUUCAGAAGGCGGAGACCAAUUAGAAAUUCGGCGCAUGGUCAACGAUGCGUACCAGAGGAUCAACAAGGCCAUGUUCGAGAGCUUGAAAGUCAUCGCAAAGGAGUCACCCACUGUUAUGGCUUCACAAGGCCAAGGCGACCCCGAAGAUAAAGAGGCGCUUAACUACCACAUUCUGCUUAUUGAGAACAUGAACCACUACAUGGAGGAGGUCGAUGCCCGCACCGUUGCAGUCCUAGACUUCUGGAAGAGCAAGGCCCAAGACGAGUACAACGAGCACAUGAGCCUUUAUGUUGACGCGGUCAUCCGUCGACCUCUAGGCAAGCUUCUGGAAUUCAUAGAAUCAACCGAAACCCUUCUCUCCCAGCCCGGCGCAAGUGCCCAAGCCAUCGCCCAACGCUCGUCGCACUCGCGCUCCGUCUUCAAGAAACUAGUCCACUCCCACGACGCCAAAGAAAUACGCAAGGGUAUCGAAGCCCUCAAGAAGCGAGUCGACAAGCACUUUGGCGACGCCGACGACCCGACUAUCAGUCGUGAUUUGGUGUUCAAGGUACUCAAGGAGUGCGAGAAGACGUAUGAGAAGGUGAGCGAGCGGAUGACGACGAUUAAUCAGGAUGUAUAUAGUGGGGAGGUGGAGAUUGAUUGGGGCACUAAGGAGGUCGACGCUGCGUUCAGGAGGUAG